AUGGAGACGCUCAACCUCACCAACUACUCCAACCUCAGCUCAGACAAUGAAAGCAGCAGUCUCUUCUCUGGGAGUCCCUAUAAGACGGUAGAGAUCGUGCUCAUCAUCCUGGUGGCCGGGUCACUCAGCCUCGUCACCAUCAUUGGCAACAUCCUGGUUAUGCUCUCCAUAAAGGUCAAUAGGAACCUCCAGACUGUCAACAACUAUUUCCUGUUCAGCCUAGCCUGUGCUGACCUCAUUAUUGGCCUGUGCUCCAUGAACCUCUACACUGUCUACAUUGUGAUUGGACACUGGCCCUUAGGCCCGGUCGUGUGCGACCUGUGGUUGUCCAUUGAUUACGUGGUCAGCAAUGCCUCAGUUAUGAACCUCCUCAUCAUUAGCUUUGACCGCUACUUCUGCAUCACCAAGCCUCUCAGCUAUCCGGUGCGCCGCAGCACCAUGAUGGCGGGGAUGAUGAUUGCGGCGGCCUGGGUGCUGUCAUUCGUACUAUGGGCUCCUGCCAUCUUGUUCUGGCAGUUCUUCGCGGGUGGGCGGACGGUGCCGCCUGGCGAGUGCUACAUCCAGUUCUUCUCCAACGCAACGGUGACGUUUGGCACGGCCAUCGCGGCCUUCUACCUGCCUGUGGCCAUCAUGAUCAGUCUCUACUGGCGCAUAUCCAAGGCCAGUCGCAGCCGGGUACGGAGGAACAGCAGGAAACCUUCAGGGAAUAGCCUGGGAGAAGGCCCAUCGCAGAGCCAGGAGGAUGGGUGCAGGGCCCAGCCCAAUGACUGCACUGUGACUGGGGAGGAGGAGGAGGAGGAGGGUGGGGAUGGAGAGAAGGUCUGGGAGGAGGUCCAGCAGCAGAAUGACAGGGAGCCCUGCAGAGGGGAAGGGCCAGACAGAGAUAGCUCUACCACAACAGUCAGCAACCUUGCCUCAUCAUCCAAUCAAAAGAUAGAGCCUGGCCUAUCACAGAAGGGGUCAAACGGUGAGGCCAAAUCCAGCCAGACGCAGUGUUGCUAUCAGAACCAGGCCAAAGGCUGUGGGCCCAAACUCUCCUGUAUCAGAAACAACUCCCGGCCUGAGGGAGAGACGUACAAAGCCACGUACAGCAACACAGAUUCCACCCCUGCAACAGAGAAACACAGCCUGGUGACACGGACGCUGUUAAAGGUGACAAAGAGGAACUCCAAGCAGAGCCCCAAGAGGAAGACGAAGAAGAAAAAGGGCCCUCCGUCCCGGGAGAAGAAGGUGACGCGCACCAUCAUGGCCAUUCUGGUGGCGUUCGUGGCCACGUGGACACCUUACAAUGUGAUGGUGCUCAUCAACACCUUCUGCUCCAGCUGCAUCCCCAACUCGCUGUGGACCAUUGGCUACUGGCUGUGCUACAUCAACAGUACCGUCAACCCGGCCUGCUACGCCCUGUGCAACACCACCUUCAAGAACACCUUCAGACAGCUGCUGCUCUGCCAGUACAGGAACAUACGUACGAUGAGGUCAUGA